CGCGCGGGGGCGGCGCCGGGGAGGAGCGCGCUGCGCCGCCGCCCGGCCUGCCGCCGCUCGGUGCGGGUCCGCGGGGCGCGAGGAGCGGCGGGGCCGCGGCCUGGAACAAAGGGAGGCCGGCGGCGCGGGGGCGGCGCGAGCAUGGCGGACCGCAGCCUGGAAGGCAUGGCGCUGCCCCUGGAGGUGCGCGCCCGGCUGGCCGAGCUGGAGCUGGAGCUGUCGGAAGGAGACAUCACACAAAAAGGAUAUGAAAAGAAGAGAUCAAAAUUGAUUGGAGCCUACCUGCCCCAGCCCCCGACAGCGAAUGGAGCUGCCGUGGUCCGGUGUAGACUGCAGCACAGUGAAGGAGCCCCGAGAAGAAUGCUGCAGGCUGGCAACAUCGGGGUGUGUGACAUCCGAGACGCCGCGGUCAGAGAGCGGGCGGCCAGCACCGCAGGAAACCGGCCACUGUUUUACUUUCGUUUCGGAGUGGAUCAAGCUCUGCCUCCAGAGCGCCGGGCUCCAGUUACUCCUUCCUCCGCCUCUCGCUACCACCGCCGAAGGUCCUCAGGGUCACGAGAUGAGCGCUAUCGGUCGGACGUCCACACAGAAGCUGUCCAGGCUGCGCUCGCUAAACACAAAGAAAGGAAGAUGGCAGUGCCUAUGCCUUCCAAACGCAGGUCCUUGGUUGUGCAGACCUCGAUGGACGCCUACACACCCCCAGAUACCUCGUCUGGCUCGGAAGACGAAGGCUCGGUGCAGGGAGACUCCCAGGGGACCCCCACCUCCAGCCAGGGCAGCAUCAACAUGGAGCACUGGAUCAGCCAGGCCAUCCACGGCUCCACCACCUCCACCACCUCCUCCUCGUCCACCCAGAGCGGGGGCAGCGGCGCUGCCCAUAGGCUGGCCGACGUCAUGGCUCAGACGCACAUAGAAAAUCACUCUGCACCUCCCGAUGUAACCACUUACACCUCAGAACACUCAAUACAAGUAGAAAGGCCGCAGGGCUCCACGACGUCGAGGACAGCCCCAAAGUACGGCAAUGCUGAGCUCAUGGAGACGGGCGAUGGAGUGCCUGUAAGUAGCCGGGUGUCAGCCAAAAUCCAGCAACUUGUCAAUACCCUCAAACGACCCAAACGACCACCGUUACGGGAAUUCUUCGUCGAUGACUUUGAAGAACUGCUAGAAGUUCAACAACCAGAUCCAAACCAGCCAAAGCCAGAGGGAGCCCAGAUGUUGGCGAUGCGUGGGGAACAGCUGGGUGUGGUUACGAAUUGGCCCCCAUCUUUAGAAGCAGCGUUACAGCGAUGGGGGACCAUCUCACCAAAGGCCCCGUGCUUGACCACGAUGGACACGAAUGGGAAACCUCUGUACAUCCUCACUUACGGCAAACUGUGGACAAGAAGUAUGAAGGUUGCUUACAACAUUCUGCAUAAAUUAGGUACAAAACAAGAACCUAUGGUGCGACCUGGAGAUAGGGUGGCGCUGGUGUUCCCCAACAAUGACCCUGCUGCCUCCAUGGUGGCUUUCUACGGCUGCCUGCUGGCCGAGGUUGUGCCUGUGCCCAUCGAGGUGCCCCUCACGAGAAAGGACGCAGGAAGCCAGCAGAUCGGGUUCCUGCUUGGAAGCUGUGGGGUGACUGUAGCCUUGACGAGCGACGCUUGCCACAAAGGGCUGCCGAAGAGCCCGACGGGGGAGAUCCCGCAGUUCAAAGGUUGGCCAAAGCUAUUAUGGUUUGUCACAGAGUCAAAGCAUCUCUCUAAACCUCCUCGAGAUUGGUUCCCGCACAUUAAGGAUGCUAAUAACGACACUGCGUAUAUCGAGUACAAGACGUGCAAGGACGGGAGCGUGCUUGGGGUGACCGUGACGAGGGUCGCGCUUCUGACCCACUGCCAGGCCCUCACACAGGCGUGUGGCUACACAGAAGCUGAAACAAUUGUGAAUGUGUUGGAUUUCAAGAAAGACGUUGGGCUCUGGCAUGGAAUCCUAACAAGUGUCAUGAACAUGAUGCACGUGAUCAGCAUCCCCUACUCGCUGAUGAAGGUGAACCCGCUGUCCUGGAUUCAGAAGGUCUGCCAGUACAAAGCAAAAGUGGCCUGUGUCAAAUCCAGGGACAUGCACUGGGCGUUGGUGGCGCACAGGGACCAGAGAGACAUCAACCUCUCCUCUCUGCGGAUGCUGAUAGUGGCUGACGGCGCAAAUCCCUGGUCCAUUUCUUCUUGUGAUGCAUUCCUCAAUGUCUUCCAAAGUAAAGGUCUGCGCCAGGAGGUCAUCUGUCCCUGUGCCAGCUCGCCAGAGGCUCUCACCGUGGCCAUCCGGAGGCCCACUGAUGACAGCAACCAGCCCCCAGGCCGCGGUGUCCUCUCCAUGCACGGGCUGACCUACGGGGUCAUCCGGGUGGACUCGGAGGAGAAGCUGUCUGUGCUCACUGUGCAGGACGUCGGCCUCGUCAUGCCUGGAGCCAUCAUGUGUUCAGUGAGGCCGGACGGGCUUCCCCAGCUGUGCCGGACGGACGAAGUCGGGGAGCUCUGUGUGUGUGCGGUUGCCACGGGCACAUCCUACUACGGCCUCUCGGGCAUGACCAAGAACACCUUUGAGGUGUUCCCGGUGACAAGCUCAGGGGCCCCGGUCAGCGAGUACCCCUUCGUGAGGACGGGCCUGCUGGGCUUCAUCGGCCCCGGGGGCCUCGUGUUCGUGGUGGGCAAGAUGGAUGGGCUCAUGGUGGUCAGCGGGCGCAGACACAACGCCGAUGACAUCGUGGCCACGGCCUUGGCCGUGGAGCCCAUGAAAUUCGUCUACAGGGGAAGGAUAGCUGUGUUUUCAGUGACCGUGCUGCAUGAUGAGAGGAUCGUGAUCGUAGCGGAGCAGAGGCCGGAUUCCACGGAGGAGGACAGCUUCCAGUGGAUGAGCCGGGUGCUGCAGGCAAUUGACAGCAUACAUCAAGUUGGGGUUUAUUGUCUGGCCUUGGUUCCAGCAAACACCCUCCCCAAAACCCCCCUCGGGGGCAUCCAUUUGUCAGAAACAAAGCAGCUUUUCCUGGAGGGCGCACUUCACCCCUGCAACGUCCUGAUGUGCCCCCACACGUGCGUCACAAACCUGCCUAAGCCUCGGCAGAAGCAACCAGAGAUCGGCCCUGCCUCUGUGAUGGUGGGGAACCUGGUGUCUGGGAAGAGGAUCGCACAGGCCAGCGGCAGAGACCUGGGCCAGAUAGAAGACAAUGACCAGGCCCGGAAGUUCCUGUUCCUCUCGGAGGUCCUGCAGUGGAGGGCGCAGACCACCCCCGAUCACGUGCUGUACACGCUGCUCAACUGCAGGGGCACAAUAGCGAACUCGCUGACAUGUGUCCAGCUUCACAAGCGGGCGGAGAAGAUAGCUGUGAUGCUGAUGGAGAGGGGACACCUGCAGGACGGGGACCACGUCGCUCUGGUCUACCCACCGGGAAUAGACCUCAUUGCAGCAUUUUAUGGCUGCCUGUAUGCCGGCUGUGUGCCGAUCACCGUCCGUCCUCCACACCCGCAGAACAUCGCAACCACGCUGCCGACCGUGAAGAUGAUCGUGGAGGUGAGCCGCUCCGCCUGUUUGAUGACAACACAACUGAUCUGUAAAUUGUUGCGGUCCAGGGAGGCAGCUGCAGCCGUAGACGUCAGGGCCUGGCCCCCUAUACUGGACACAGAUGAUUUGCCAAAGAAGCGGCCUGCUCAGAUCUACAAACCUUCCAACCCAGACACGCUAGCCUAUCUUGAUUUUAGUGUGUCCACGACUGGGAUGCUAGCUGGAGUGAAGAUGUCUCACGCAGCCACCAGUGCCUUCUGCCGUUCUAUUAAGCUGCAGUGUGAGCUCUACCCCUCUAGAGAAGUGGCCAUCUGCCUGGACCCUUACUGUGGACUUGGGUUUGUCCUGUGGUGCCUCUGUAGUGUGUACUCUGGGCACCAGUCCAUCCUCAUCCCGCCUGCAGAGCUGGAGACCAACCCUGCCCUGUGGCUGCUUGCUGUGAGCCAGUACAAAGUCCGGGAUACGUUUUGCUCCUACUCAGUGAUGGAACUGUGUACCAAGGGGCUAGGCUCGCAGACAGAAUCCCUCAAGGCACGAGGACUGGACUUGUCCCGUGUGCGGACCUGUGUGGUGGUGGCAGAAGAACGGCCCCGAAUAGCACUCACCCAGUCAUUCUCAAAACUGUUUAAAGACCUGGGCCUCCAUCCGCGGGCCGUUAGCACCUCGUUUGGCUGUAGAGUGAACCUGGCAAUUUGCUUGCAGGGGACCUCGGGGCCCGACCCGACCACCGUCUACGUGGACAUGAGAGCUUUGAGACACGACAGAGUCCGUUUGGUGGAAAGAGGAUCUCCUCAUAGUUUGCCCCUCAUGGAAUCAGGAAAGAUACUUCCAGGGGUUCGGAUCAUAAUUGCCAACCCAGAAACGAAAGGACCAUUGGGAGACUCACACUUGGGUGAGAUCUGGGUUCACAGUGCCCACAAUGCCAGUGGUUAUUUCACUAUUUACGGAGAUGAAUCCCUCCAGUCAGAUCACUUCAACUCGAGAUUAAGUUUUGGAGACACACAGACAGUUUGGGCACGAACAGGCUAUUUGGGGUUCCUGCGGAGAACUGAACUUACGGAUGCAAACGGAGAGCGCCAUGACGCCCUCUACGUGGUGGGGGCCCUGGACGAGGCCAUGGAGCUGCGGGGCAUGAGGUACCACCCGAUAGACAUCGAGACCUCGGUCAUCAGAGCCCACAAGAGUGUCACAGAAUGGAACCAGUCAACGCGCCUGGGUCUGCAGUUGGCUGCUGAGCUGUCUGACCCCAGCGUGUCUGGAGCCCACAGCGCCGUGUUCACCUGGACCAACCUGCUGGUGGUGGUGGUGGAGCUGGACGGGUCCGAGCAGGAAGCGCUGGACCUGGUGCCUCUGGUGACCAACGUGGUGCUGGAGGAGCAUUACCUGGUGGUGGGCGUGGUGGUGGUGGUGGACGUGGGCGUCAUCCCCAUCAACUCGCGCGGCGAGAAGCAGCGCAUGCACCUGCGUGACGGCUUCCUGGCCGACCAGCUGGACCCCAUCUACGUGGCCUACAACAUGUAGGCACCCCCGGAGGCUGGCCGCCUGCCCGCUGUCGCCAGGGUGCGGACGCCAGGGCGGGUCCCGGGCGGGGCCUCCGCCCCGCGGGAGGGCGAAACCCCCGCUCGCCCUGGGCGGCUCGGCGUGAGACGUGAAAUGUGAAGUUUGCGCGGAAGGACGUCGCGUUGCUGCCUCCAGUUUGUCGGAAAAGCCCAUUUCAAAACCUUUCCUUUCUUUUUUUUUUAAUGAUUGGAUAAUAAGUGCUUUCUUCGUAAAUGUGGUAUUUUGUUAAGCCAAAAUAGCAAUUAAAAAAAAUAUUCUGCCCUCCAGGUGGGUUCUUUUAAACAAUUUAUGUAGUGUGACAAAGAAUUGUUUUCUCUGUUUUAAUGUGUCAUGAAAUCUUAAUGCCAUGGACCUGCUACUAAUUUAAGCCAUUGCUGGAGCUCAUCCUUUUAGGACAGUUUGUUGAGGUACGAGAAAACCUUCCAAAUAGCACCUUCCAAUUAGAUUGUAGCAGCUUUCUUUGUCAGAAAUGUGCUGAAGAAACAGGCUAAUAAUCGGCCUUUGAAGUUAGCAUAGAAUGAGAAGAAAUUAUAAAUACGGUGUAUUUCGGCAAUUACCUUGCAGAUAUCUUUGUACUAAACUAAAAAGAUAAAAUAAGUUAACUUCAUAUGUAAUUAUGUACAAAACGUUUAAUUUAUUUUGAUCUCUUUAGAAGUAUAACAGAGAAAACAUUCAAGAAUAUUAAAGUCUUGUAAUGUUUGCUAAUAUAAAAAGUGUUGUAUUAUCUUGCGUGGAUAGCAUCACAACAAAUAUAUAUAUAUGAAAUAUAAAUUCACUAAGAACAGAGGAGAUUUUAAAGUUUAAAACGCAGAACCUGUCACUUGCAUGGUGUCCCCUCCACUGCACGGUAGAUAGACUCUCGCCCUGCUGCUGGUGUGCGCGCCCGACGGCCAGCGGUGCCGUGGGAACUGUUGCUCGGGAACCGGAGACCAGCAGGCGGCGGCGGCACCCCAGAGGUGGCGGGCUGGAGCUGGCCGUGCACGUCUCCCUCCGCUGCAGGGUCGGACGGACCGUCGGUGCCGCGUGUGCCCGCCGCGUGCCCAACGCACGGCACGGCCCAGGGAGCAGCUGGCCUACAGCACGCACUCUCUCAGCUGCAAGAAUUCGUUGCACAAUUUCCAUCGUUUUGGUUUGUGUCGCCUUUUCCUGGUUCUCGGUACGAAAAGGAACGUCGUCCCGCAGUCGUGUGCAGCGGGUAGUGCUGACCCCUCGCGGCCCUGAGGGAAGAGACUCCCCCGGAGGGGUUGCGCCUGGGGAGCCCACCGCCAGGACGUCGGAGCUGCUGGCUGGGGCCAGAGGCCGCCGUCACUGCACCUUCUGCAAGGACACGCGUCUGAUUUCUGUCUCUUGCUGCUGCCACCCCACACGCCUGGGAACCUCCAGCGCUCCUCUCACACCCCUGGCUCCUCGCACACCCCUGGCUCCUCGCAUACCCCUGCGUCGGACCGGCCUGGCCGCGCCCGCUCAGUCUGCGUGAGGUCCCCUUGGUGAUGGCCCCGGGGUACCCUGUGGGGGCCUGUGCGGGUCUGCACGACUGAGAUUGCUGCUGGGAGAUGAGAGCCUUUCUGUGAGGUUGUCUUAUCGCCCUUUGCUCGUGUGCUGGCAGUGAGCCCUUUGCUACAAGAGAGUUUUGUUUGACUUCUGAGAUCCAAGGCUAAUUGCUGUUAAAAUUUUAAGUGGCAUAUUUUUUUUUUUAAAUUUGUCUGCAUGUGGGGUGCAUUCUUCCAUCUCCACAAGUCAUUUGAUUUUUAAAAUAUUGUUUGACUUCAUUGCUGUGUAUGAACACUUCUCUACAUGCUUCAGAUACACAUUCCCACAGUCUUCUGCUUCCUAAGGGGGACAAACCCCACCACACAGAGAAGAGACACUUACACACGCCCACCUUGUGUAAGGGGAGGAGUUUAAGGCUUCGGGUCAGACAAUGACAAGGAAACGGGACUGCAGGUGACUCGAGAGGCCCAGCAAGGGGGGGAGGUCGGUCCUGCCAUCCUGAGUCAGUGUUGAGGUCCAGAGGGCUCAGGGCUGGGAUUCAAGUUCUGUUGUGCAAGAAGAAGGAAAGGAGACACUAAGUACCACCGUUUAGCAAUAAAGGAGGAUCGUUCUGUACUAGAAACUGUGCUGUGGACGAGUCAUUCAUGAGAACGUAACCCGUGUUUGUCUUGCAACCUUGUGCUUUUGGAGUCAGACAAAACCGUGUGGUCACCUUGCACAAAGGAGGGUACACAGCGGUCACUGAGACCCAGACCAACCCGACAGGGCGGCCCCCUCAUGGUGCUUGUUUAUUAUAUCUAUUUAAUCCUGCUUGACACUUUACCCGAGGGAAACGGUCCCUCUUACCAGUCGGAUGCUAGCUGCGUUAUUUCAUAGUGUGGUGACUGGUUAGAGAAAUUCAUGUGCUCAACCAAUCACGGUUUCAAACACAAUUUUUAUGUGCAAAGGACGGCAACCUUCUCGUAUGUUAAACCACCAGUAAGCUUUGUACAUCUGUGAUAACGCCUGUUUUAUAUUCAAAUGAACAAAUAAAAGCUUUUAUUUUUGUUGCUCUGAAAAUAGCAGUUUCUUACUUGGUCCCCUGGAAAACUGGGCCAGCUUCCAUCCCAGGAAGGAAGUGACUCCUACCAGGAAUGUAUCUGACUCUGUUUACAUAAUUUGUUGCGUUACUUAUCAAUACAGAUAAUCAUACUUUGAACAAUGUUUAAAUUUUGAUGUGGGCAUUUACUGCUAAAAAAAUUCCUAUG